UGAGGAAUGAAGCCUCCGCCUUCGCGGGAGACCCCUUUAAAUUCGGGCGCGGGCCCGGGACUCGGCGCGUGGCGUUCGGCGGCCUGAAGGGGGAUCCAGCGGAGCUGCGCGCUGUGGAGGAAGGAGCAGGCCGGGAGCGUGCGGGAGUGGAGCGGCUGCAGCGCGGGGCGUGGACGCGGACGCGGUGCAACCAUGUUUGAAAUUAAGAAGAUCUGUUGCAUCGGUGCAGGCUAUGUCGGGGGGCCCACCUGCAGUGUCAUUGCUCAGAUGUGCCCUGAGAUCAAGGUGACGGUUGUGGAUGUCAAUGAGUUAAGAAUCAAUGCGUGGAACUCUCCUACCCUUCCUAUUUAUGAGCCAGGACUAAAAGAAGUAGUAGAAUCCUGUCGAGGGAAAAAUCUAUUUUUUUCUACCAAUAUUGACGAUGCUAUCAAAGAAGCUGAUCUGGUAUUUAUUUCCGUGAACACGCCGACCAAAACCUAUGGCAUGGGCAAAGGCCGGGCGGCCGACCUCAAGUACAUUGAAGCCUGUGCCAGACGCAUCGUGCUAAACUCCAACGGGUACAAAAUCGUGACCGAGAAAAGCACGGUUCCGGUUCGGGCAGCAGAAAGCAUCCGUCGCAUAUUCGAUGCGAACACAAAACCCAACCUGAAUCUGCAGGUGCUGUCCAACCCCGAGUUCUUGGCUGAGGGGACGGCCAUCACGGACCUGAAGAACCCGGACCGAGUGCUGAUCGGAGGGGACGAGACGCCAGAGGGCCAGAAGGCGGUGCGGGCCCUGUGCGCUGUGUACGAGCACUGGGUUCCCAAAGAAAAGAUCCUCACCACCAACACCUGGUCUUCAGAGCUGUCCAAACUGACAGCAAAUGCUUUUCUUGCCCAGAGAAUCAGCAGCAUUAACUCCAUAAGUGCCCUGUGUGAAGCAACCGGAGCGGAUGUGGAAGAGGUGGCUACGGCCAUUGGGAUGGACCAGAGGAUCGGAAAUAAGUUCCUGAAAGCCAGUGUUGGUUUUGGUGGAAGCUGCUUCCAAAAAGAUGUUCUGAAUUUGGUUUACCUCUGUGAGGCUCUGAAUUUGCCUGAAGUAGCUCGUUACUGGCAGCAGGUCAUAGACAUGAAUGACUACCAGAGGAGGAGGUUCGCGUCCCGAAUCAUUGACAGUCUGUUCAACACCGUCACUGACAAGAAGAUAGCUAUUCUGGGCUUCGCAUUCAAAAAGGAUACCGGCGACACGAGAGAAUCCUCCAGUAUCUACAUUAGCAAAUACCUGAUGGACGAAGGUGCCCACCUCCAUGUGUACGAUCCCAAAGUGCCCAGGGAACAAAUUGUUGUGGAUCUCUCUCACCCAGGGGUUUCACAGGAUGACCAAGUGUCCCGACUUGUAACCAUUUCCAAGGACCCCUAUGAAGCGUGUGAUGGGGCCCAUGCUGUUGUCAUUUGCACCGAGUGGGACAUGUUUAAGGAGCUGGAUUACGAACGCAUUCAUAAAAAGAUGCUCAAGCCAGCCUUUAUCUUCGACGGGCGCCGCGUCUUGGACGGACUCCACGGCGAGCUGCAAGCCAUUGGGUUCCAGAUUGAAACCAUUGGCAAAAAGAUAUCUUCAAAGAGAAUUCCAUAUGCUGCUUCCGGUGAGAUUCCGAAGUUCAGCCUUCAGGACCCUCCGAACAAGAAGCCCAAAGUGUAGACAGUGGGGGUUUUUAUUUAUGACCAUUGCUUGGGAGGCUGAGGCCACUUCACGAUAGCAGACAUCUGAUAUGAAAAUGGUGAAUGAGCCAAGUUGUUUUUAAGGAAACAAAAUUAUUUUUUUAAUAAUCAUGUUUAUACUAACUAUAUGGCUAUUAGCGUAGCGUAUCUGAUAGUUAUGAAUCUGGGAUAUUUUUACAUAUUUUUAUAUAAUUAGCUCAGUUAUGGGAUGAAUAGAAAAUAAUCAUGUUGGUUUUAAUCAUGUCAAUUUUUAUAAAAUAAAAAUUAAACUUAAAGGGCUGGGGAUUUAGCUCAGUGGCAUAAAUGCCUCCCUGGCAAGUACGGAGUCAUGAGUUUGAUCCCUAGUACCAGGAAAAAAAAAAGAAAAAACUUAAAAACACUUUUUACAAUUGUCUACAGGCAGCACUUUAAUGUCACAUUAUAAAGGGAAAGGUGUUUGGUUUUUUUUUAAAACCAGUUUAUUUGCUUGUUGUUAAGUAUAUAGUUUCAAGCCGUGAAAUUAUUUUGCUAACUGGGCUUUGUAAGUAUACUCUGGUUACAGUUCUUUGUUCUCUCAUUUUAAUGCAAUGUGCCAUUGAUUUUUUUAGCCCAAAAAGAUAAUCACUGUGCAUUUCCAACCACUCUACCUUGAUGAGUGCACCCUUUUGAAAAAAAUAUUUAGCUGUGUGUGAUGUGACACACCUGUAAUCCCAGCAAUUGGGAGGCUGAGGCAGGAGAAUCACUGUGAGUUCAAGCACAGCCUGGGUUUCAUAGCAAGACCCUGUCUCAAAAAAAAAAUUUAACACAGAGUCUGGCCUGGUUGCUAUUUCAUAGCUUUCCUUAUCAGUUAUUACUUUUCUAGUCUAGAGUCAAAAAUGUUUGCUACCUGUAUACUGCAUUUUUAUUUCUGUUGAUUGUAAUGUUUCCUUUAAGAAAACCAGUGUAUCUUCUACAUAAACUACAAGAUUUUACAAGUUAGAUAUGGCAUUAUUCUAAAGUAAAAAUUUCUGUCUGUA